GCUUUUCCACGUGCGCCUCUGUUACCAGCAUGGCUGGUGAUUGCAGCCCGAAGAACGGGCAAGCGGCAGAUCGCCUAGCUCCGGCCUCGAUCUCGCAGCCGGGCAGGCUCCUAGGGCAGAGUCGGCAGUUUCUGGACUAUUUCUGGGACAUCGCCAAGCCCGACCAGGCGAUCCGUUUGAAGGCCACGGAAGGGCUGCUGAACUAUUUGCAGGAAAAUAAGAAAGAUGAUGAGUUUUUAAAGUAUACCUUAAAGCGCUUGAUUGACGGAUUGGGAGCAACUCGAGAAGUGGCCCGUCCAGGAUUCAGUUUGGCGUUGGCGCAGGUAUUGCAAGUUUUUGAGGAGCUGACUCUCUUGGCAGUUCUGCAACAGAUUAAGGAAAAAUAUGAUCUCGGUAGAGUGAAGAAGAAACUUUUCAGGAAUGCUCUGUUUGGAAACUUUUUUGGAGUGCUAGCUCUCUUCCAAUCCAGGCGCCUCUCAAAGGAUUCCAAGGCUCUCCUUGAGUGCGUCCAGCUUCUACAGAACCUUUCUGAACACUAUACCCAUCUUAAGGACCUCCCAAGAAAGACAUUAGUUGACAUUGUUUCUGAGAUCCCAGAGACUGUAUUUGAAAAGGUGCUUUACAAUAUCUUGGAGGAUGAACUUACUGCAGCUUUCAGCACUCCUGGUCAAUUGUACCUCCUGUUGGUGGGCAUCCAAAAAUUCCCCAAAGUUCUCGGACCAGAGAAGCUGAAGGCCCUCUUCGGCACAACUGCUGUUGUGACGGCACAAAACAUCCCCAGGAUUGUGGAAGUUUUGAAAAUGGCAGCCAAAUCAGAGAGGAAGGACAAAGUUCUUCCAGCUGUAGGACUGGACCUGAUAAAAGUGGCGUUGAAAGAAGGAACUUUUGAACUGUUCUGGAAAGAAGCUGUAGAAAAUGGGCUACUUAAAGAAAAUGUUGGACCCUGCAGCUACAUGUGUUUUCGAUUACUGGGCAGCGUCUUCCCACUUCUUUCUCUAAGCCAGCUAAAGAUGGUUCUUCAAGGUGAAACUAUGCGUCAGUAUGGCUUCCACGUUGUCACAAGUAAGCUGCCUGACAGGUUUAAAUUUGCCCCAGAGAUGGACUUCUACGUUGACUUGUUCCUAGAGGGAUGCACCAGCCCUGAGAAGCAGCUGGCAAUGAUGGUUGCCUUCUCUACGCUCACCAACCAAGGUUAUCCAGUUGUGCCCACUUUCUGGAAAGUGGUGAGGCAUCUUCUUCCCACUGCUCUGCUAAAGUACAUCGACUGGCUGAAGAACAUGUUUCUCAAUCCAAACCUGGACUGCUGUGUGGAUUUUGCCACCAAGAGGCAGAACGAGAAGACAACGAGUGGCGUAAGUGACCACAGCAUCACACGCCUAAGGAAAUGGAUCAUCGGCCGCCUCAUCGGAAUUGCCGAACACCCGCAGGUCAACAAGGAGGAUGAGCUUGUUAUGGACAUUUGCAGAUUCUGCUUUUUUCAUGCUUUUUUUGAGACCAAGAAACAAUUCCCGAAGAUAACAGAAACAAAAAGUUCUCCUAUGGUACCUCUGAAUGAACAGUGUCGAAGAGUAGCUGCAGACUCAUUUUUCAGUUUGCUUCAGCAUUUGAACAUAAUGCCUGCCCUGGGAGACUCAGCUGAAGCAGAGGAAAUGAGGAAGAAGCACCUCCACGGUUUGACAGCUAGUGGAGACCCCUGGAUCCACUGUGUUGUGCAAUACGCCAACCUCCUCCUUUCUCACCAGGAACAGGUUAAGAUGGUGGUUCCAUUUAACGAUGAAGAACGACAGGCUUGGGACAACUUUACAUGGUAUGGUGAAGAAGAGCCAGCGUGGGUUGAAGUGAUCGUGGAAGUUCUACUUUCUCUCCUGGCUCAGUCUAGUGGGCUGAUUCGACGGGUCUGUAAAAAUGUGUUUGGACUCGUCUGCCAACACAUGACAAAGGGUGCUCUGCAGCUCAUCCUAGACGUUCUCAAUCCGCAACAAGACCAGGAUGAAGAAAGUGCUGUUGUCGUAAUGGAAGAAGCAGAGAAGAAGAGAAAGAAAAUUUCCCCCCAAAAUAUGGAGCAAGGUGAAGAAAGUGGGGAGAGUUCUGAUGAAGACAGCUCUGAAGAAAGCGAUGAGAGCGACAAGGAGGCUUUGGAGAAAAACAGUGAGGGCGAGGAGGAACCCGACGAAAACUUCCGUGCCAUGCUGAGGAAUGUUUUACAAGCUGAGAACGCAUUGGAAGGAGAUGAUAGUGAUGAGGAUGUGGAUGAUGAGACUAUGAUGUCUCUCGAUGAGAAGCUUUCAUCCCUCUUUACUGAGCAGAAAAAGCGUAUCCAGGCCAAGAAAGAUGAGAAGGAAAAGUUGCGCAAAGAGAAGAUUUUGCGCCGGGACUUCAAAAUCAAGAUCCUGGAUUUGGUUGAAUUAUUUCUGAUGAAGCAGGCAGGGAAUCCUCUUGUUUUCAAUGUCAUUGAUCCCCUUCUUUCUGUGAUUGAGCACAGUAUGAGCUCAGACUCUAACAAGCAAGAACAAGAUUAUCUCCGGAAGACUGCAGAUAUUUUCACGAAUAGUUUGUGUAGAUCCAAGCAAUAUUGCAAAAAUGUGUCCCCUAUCCAAGAGGAACUGCACACCCUGCUGGAAAGCUUGGUGAAGAGAAGCUGCAAGCAGAAUGACUCUUCAGUAGCCCUCUACUACUUCAGUGGAUCAUUGUACCUUUUCCGAGUAUUGAGGGGAAACGCACCAGCUGAUGAAAUGGCUUCAGAAGAUUCUCAGACAAAAAAGAAAAAGAAAAAUCCAGAGGGAGGUGAAGGAUCACCUGGACAGCAUAUGGAACUUGGCAGUGUGGAUCUGGAACGGGUUACUGCUGUGUACAAGGAAGCUUUGAACUUGUUUCUGACAAAGCGCAAGAGCCCACUGACAGGAGCCAUGUUUCUUGACCUGUUUGAACGCCACCCGAUGAUGUGCAAGCAGUUAAUUGAGGUAGUUGUCAAGUCGAUCACAGAUGGGGCCCGGCAGCACCAGCAAGCCCAGGCAUGUCUUCUUCUCCAGAAAGCCCUGCAGAAUAAGUGUUUUAAGCUUUCAUUGUCGGGAAAAGAGUGGGAAGAUUUGAUCAGAGAAAGCACCCAUCAAAUUACUGAGACACUGAAGAAAGUGGAUGAAUUCAAAGUUAAAGUGGACCGGGAGAAAGUCAUCAAGUGUCUGGAGCUGUUGAGCUGCCUUAUCAAAAUAGUGACUCAGCAGGCAUUCAGCCUAGAUCUGACUGAGCUUCGUGGUGUACUCCAGACUCUGGGUCAACAGGAACAUUUUGAGAAGUCCAUACAACUUGACAACAUCUACUGGAAUGUUAUGAAACUCCUGGGAUUUAAGCGGCCUGUGAAGGAGAAAGUCUCGGUUCGGCCUGCAAACGGAACUGUGGUUGAGCCCCUAAAGCGGAAGAAAAAGGGCUUCCUGCCAGCCACCAAAAAACGUCAGAACCGCAAGAAGGCCCAGUUCGGUCAGCCCCAGGAGAAAGGCCCUGAGAGCAGCAGCAGCAGAAUCCCUGCUGUUGGUGAGGCCGAGGGUCCCUCAGAAGGAAAGAAGAAAAAAAGGAAGAGGAAGAAGAAGAAGCGAGUGGCAGAACAGGGCGAGGGGGAAACGUUUGAGCAGGGUCCUCCAGCAAAGAAGACGGCUCAGUCCCCAGGAAAAGCGAAAGGAGCUGCAGGGCCACAUGGCCACAUGAAGAAGAAAAAGCAGCAGCGCAAGGGAAAGAAGAAAGGGACUGACUGAAUUUUGGGGACAGAUGGGACUGUUUUGAUCAUCUUCCGGGAAAUGUGUUUUGAAAGUUGCAGGGGGAGGGGAAUCUGCUUCUGGAUUGCAGCUGGCAGAAUUAAAACUGGUCUGCUCUAGUAUUUUGAUAGUGGAGGACUCAAUUGCCGUAACACGCUCGGAACUUCCUACCUGUGACGUCAGGAACAAUUUCCCUCUCCUAAUUCGUGUCAUCUGGGAUGGCUUCCAAAAGAGCCAAGCUGCCAACAGCAUCAUCACCCUUUCUGGAGUUGUAAGGAAAAAAAAAUGUUUGUGAAUAUUUUAAUUUGAUCUUAGCAGUGUAAAUUCGUACGCUGCUCCUGGAAAAUGAGGUGCUUUGGGGCAAUUCCUUGUAACGUCUGGAUCAAUUCCAUCUCCUUGGUUUUAAUAAUAGAAGGUAUCCAGCUAUGAUGUUUAAAUAUAUGUUACUUUGGUUACUUGGAGUUAAACCACAGAAGUUAUAUUUCUGAAUAAAAGAUAAAAAUAUUUUUUAAAAUCUUUAUAAAGUUAAGACUAAAAUGACAUGCCUUGGCCCAGAUGUGUUUGAAAAAAAUUGUACUUUUUGCACCUCUGUCUAAGAAUGGGUGAAACUUAUUACAAUAAAUAAACAGUAUGUAAAUUCAGAAAAA